UCUGAAAGCGCCAUGAGUUCACACGGAGCUCGAGUUGAUAUUCAGUCACCUUUAGAAAAUAAACGCUUAAAUCUCAUACCUGUUGGACGACAGCUCCAGAGAACUCCUCCAAAUAAGACCCCCAAAUCACAAGCCUCGCAUCUAGCAGAAGGACCAGCAAUCAUGGAUGAAGAAGACCCUCAGGACGACACCACGUGCCCCCCUGUGGAAGAGGAGAGGAAGUCGUAUCGCAGGUCCAGCAUCACGCCAGCAUCUGUGAACAUGGGGAACACUGACCCUGAAGCUUUUGUCCAGGGCAUGCAGGGUUACCAAUGGACUGACACAGACCUGGAGUUUGUCUACCAGGCCAAGCAGCAAAAACAAGCUCAACAACUAAAGCAAGAGUUAAGUGAGGUUGAGAAAACUCUGCAGGCUGAGACUCAGAGGUUGGAAAUGGCUGUCGCCUCUCGAGAAAAUCUCCAGUCUGAACUGUCUAAGGUGAUGAAGCUCAGUAAGACCCAAACGUCUACGCUCAUGCCGUUGUGCCUUUCUGUAAUAUACAGCCACAUUGUUGUACUGUUGAAUCAUGUGCUGCAGACUUUAUCCUGCGACUUGCUGCUGCAGCUGUGCAAAAGCGUCCUGUACCGUUCUCGAACCCCUGAUCAGCUGGAGGGUUUGGGAGACAAAGCUCUGCUCACUAUGCUGAAUAUACAGGACAUUCAGCAAGCUGUGCAUGAGGAAAAGGCCCAGAUCAGCAGUCUCUCGAGAGAAGCUCAGGAGCUCAGAGAAAAGGAGGAGAAAGCCAUGGAGGAGAUGGACGCUUGGCAAAAGAAAAUCAGCAUACUUCAGGAAAAUGUAGAUGCUCUGAAGGUGGAACUCAUAGCGUUGAAGACUCAGCUGUCAGAGAAAGAGGCAUUAAUGGUGUCUCAAGUGCCAGCAAAAGGCAGCAAGGCAUCUAGAAGGGCUAAACCCUCAACCAAGACCCUGAGGGAGGAAGUCUUUUCUGCGACAGCUGAGCAGGACACGGCUGAGGAAGGCAAGACCGCUCCAAAGGAAAAGGCCCCAAAAAAGACAACCUCAAAGAAGACUAGCAAGAAAAACACUUCAUCUGAGGAGAUGGCCCCAAAUGAGACACAUGCCCAAGUAAAGACCCCAGUAGAGACAGACCCAAAGAAGAAGCCGAGAACAGUAAAGUUCUCAAAUGUGGGUGAAGUGCAUGAGAAAGGCCAGAAGGGAUCCAGAAUGGCUAAAACCUCAACCAUGGCUUCAAAGGACCAGAAAAAGACUGCUCUAACAGAGUCAAAAGAGAAUGAGACGGUUACACUGGAAACAACUGACAAGGAAAUGGCCGAGAAAGGUAAACCGGCCCCAAAGAAAAAAGCCCUAAAAAACACAACCUCAAAAAAGACAGCCAAGAAGGAUUUGGAAGUUUUGCAAGAAAAGUCUCCAGAGGAGGCGGCCACAGACAAGACGGCCCCAGAGGAGACGGUCCCAGAAGAGUUGGCCCCAAAGGUAAAGGCUCGAGUGCUGGAGAAAGGCUGCAAGGGAUCCAGAACAGCAAAACCAUCAACCACAAUGGUUACGGAAGAGUUCUUGAAGAAGACAGCUCUGAGUAAGAGGGUUGAGAAGCAAACAGCUCAGAUUGAGACAGACGAGAAAAGUAAGACAGCCCGAAAGAUGAGACGGCCUCACAAGUAA